GUGCGUUUGGCAAGCUUUGAGGGUGGACGUACGCCGAGUGUCUUGCGAUCCCGCGCUGUGCUAUUUACUCCGCUGAAAUCUCCUUUUUUAAAAGAAAUUGAAAUUUGCCCUCUUGGGUUCGUUGGUGGUUAUUGAAGUGUGAAAGUGAAUCGAAGGAAUUGGUGUCAGUGGCGAUUUCCAUUUUUAUAAAUCACAUUUGAUAAGACCGGUGUUUAAAACAAGUUUUUCUCUCUCCCCCCAACAAGAAGUUUUCUCCCUCCGUGUCCCGAGCGAAAACUUCUUCCAAGUUACAAACCGAAGUGGCGUCCGUAGCCUAGCGUCGAAGAGGGAAGUUUUCGCUCAAAUUGACCAUUGUUUUUCCCAUUUUUUCAUUUCUCUGGCUGACUUUUCUUCGUAACGAAGUGAUGGAUUAUAUGAUAAGGCUCGUCGUUGAGUUCCCGUGGUGUUGAUGGGGCGGGUUGGGCGGCGGGAGCAUCGCCCCCCGCGGCAGCAUGUGUGAGUGCUGGACCCCCAACGACGCCCCCGGCCCUCCUCCCCGUAGGCCCGCCAGGGUGGAGCCGGUCCACUCUGCGGGCCACACACACCGCCCACCAGGAGGAAUGCCUUUUGCUUGCGAGCUCUACACCGCUAAGGGCGUGGGUGUGAAUGACUACAGAAGCAGCAGGGGUGGCCACGGGGCCAGUGGCCGUGUCAUGAGAGUGGGCGUCAGUGUUGUUCUAGUCUUACUGGUGUUAUGUGGGUCAUGCUUAGGCCACCGGACACAAAGGGGAGCCCCCUUCUCGUCAUCUAUAUCGAGUGACAGUGAUACUAAAGGUAGUAAUAACGAUGGAGCGGACCAAGUGACUGCGAGUGGUCCCUUAGUGGCCCAGUUCUGGACGGCUAACCGUAGUUUGGAACUCCAGCAUCUGGUAUACAAUAGAGACGCAGGUGUCUUGUACGUCGGUGGCACGAACAGACUAUGGGCGUUGGGAACAGCGCAGCUGAAUCUGCAAGCCCGCGUUGAGACGGGCCCUCGGUUUGACUCCCCACGUUGCCACGCCUCUGGGUGCGGACAGGAUCGGCGUGUGCCAACGGUCCUCACGGAUAACGUGAACAAAGUCCUCGUUCUGGACCCCGACGCGUCGACGCUGAUCAUGUGUGGUUCCGUGUCACAGGGGGCCUGCGAAAAAUUCCGGACGGCCAACAUCUCCCUGACGCCGGAAUUCCUGCCCAAGUCCGUAGCGGCUAACGAUCCCAAAUCGUCGACCUUUGCCUUCGUAGGUCCGGAGAGGUACAACCCUUGGGGAGGGUCUUCGGCUCUGUAUGUCGGCACAACCUUCACGAACGUCGGUGAUUACCGUCAUGACGUCCCGGCGGUUUCUACCAGAAACCUUUACGAUUUAGAUUAUUCAGAGUUUAGUUUCAGUAAACAGUCCCUCCUUCGGAUUGAUGUCAAGUACAGGGACCACUUCCUCGUGCAGUAUGUCUACGGAUUCAACGCCAGCGACUAUGCCUAUUUCGUGACCGUUCAGAAGCGGUCGCACUUGCCCGGCCAGGACGAAUCUGGCUACAUCUCCCGACUGGCUCGCACUUGCAUCACCGACUCCAACUACGACUCGUACACGGAGAUCACUCUCGAGUGUCAGGGAACCGACGGUACCAACUACAACCUCGUACAAGAUGCCAAGCUGGUGAGCGCUGGAAGCGAUCUGGCUUCAAGUAUGGGCAUCAGCGUCGGAAGUCCCAUUCUUGUUGGGGUGUUUGCCCCAUCCCAGGGGCACACGGCCUCUCCGCUGAAGGCGUCGGCCGUUUGUGUGUUUUCAGUCCACGAUAUAGAGAUUAAAUUCAACGAAAAUGUCCACAUGUGUUUCAAUGGAACAAUGCACUAUCGCAGUAUGGAAUAUAUUUCGGGGCCCAUAAUGGACGGGAAAUGCCCAGCUGCCGGGACCAUGGGCAACAUAUACGAUUUUUGCGAAGUGGGACUGAAGAUCUCUGGAAUUUCUCCCUUGCACGCGAGAGCUGCCUUGGUGUAUCACAACACCAGCCUCUCGGCCGUGCAAGCUGCCACCACUGCUCACCAUACGGUUCUCUUCAUGGGGACCACCACAGGAACUCUGAAAAAGGCCCUUUUGGCCGGUCCUGAAGACGCGGCUGAAUACGGCGAAGACGUCAUCGACGAAGGCAGCCGUGUCCUGCCGGAUAUGGUGUUGGAUACGACGGGCACCCACCUCUUCAUCCUCACCACUACAAGGGUGACCAAGUACCGAGUAGAGAGCUGUUCAGCCAAGACGAACUGUUCCUCGUGCUUGGGGGCACGUGAUCCCUACUGUGGGUGGUGUUCCUUGGAGAAAAGAUGCACAGUACAGAGCGCCUGCCAGAAGGCUACCUUCUCCUCUCCCAGAUGGCUGAGUUUCGGGUCUGGGCAACAGUGCAUCGACUUCGAGAUGAUCCUUCCCGACCGACUCCCUAUCGACCAGAUUGCCACCGUCCAGUUAACAAUUCGCACCUUACCCGAAUUGCCAGCGGGCGCCAAGUACCAGUGCGUUUGGGGUUCGGCACCGCCCGAAGACGCCACGGUGACCUCAUCGGGGUUGAGAUGCAAGACGCCCGCCAGGAGCUACCGCCCUUCCAUUGCCGCCCACCACGACCACGUGUUAGUGCCCUUGGCGGUCAGAUCAAGCGAGACCAACAAGGACUUUGUCUCUCGGAACUUCGCCUUCUACGACUGCAGCAGGCACAACACGUGCGGGACCUGCGUGAAGAGCGACUGGGCUUGUAAUUGGUGCGUCUACGAGAACUCCUGCACCCACAAUGCGUCGUCCUGCAGCGGUAACGUCGUGUCCGGGGAAAACGUAAGCAUCCUGCAGCUGCUGAGAGAGAACCCUGCACAGCUCUCUUCUCAUGGAUCCGGAUUUUGUCCAAGAUUUUUCAACGAUCAAACGCAGCUUUUGGCGGCGGAUGGAGCCAAAUCGGAGUUGCAACUCCUCGUGGAGAAUCUACCUGUUCCACGGGUGGGUCAGUUAGGCUUCCAGUGCGUGGUGAGUAUCGAGGGUGCCACCAUGGUCGUCGGAGCCAGGGUCAUGGGUAUUGCCGAGGAAGAUGAAACCAACCCCAUGCCUUCGACCACUGCCUCCAGCAGCCAGCUGCAGCAACAACACAGGCGCUUGCAGAAGGUGAUCUGCGAACCGACCGUGUACCGAUACGAAAGCGGAGAAGGAGAGUACGAGGCGAAGGUCACUCUCGUUUGGAACCGUGACCACGUCGUGGACUCGAGGUCUCUGACCUUGUAUAAAUGUGGCGUUUUGGGGGCGCAUAGGGGUCACCACGACUGCUCUUUGUGCGUCACUCGCCAUCCGAGGUAUAAGUGCACUUGGUGUGGUGCAGCUUGCAUAUAUGCCCCUCACUGCCCAAAUACCCAUCCAGUUGCAGCUGCCUCGUCCUCUGGAAGUGGGGCGGCCCAGCCCACCUCGCUUGCUGGUCGCUUCGACAACAACGAUGCCCGCUUGAGCCAGUGCCCGACUCCUAGGAUUGAUGUGAUUCAGCCUCUGGCAGGUCCUCUGGAAGGAGGCACUCUGGUCACUAUUGAAGGUAGCAAUUUGGGCCUCAAGGAAGAGGACGUCAGGAACAACGUGUAUAUCGGCGAUGUCCCUUGCUACGUCCACGAUUACCAGGUGUCUGUCAGAAUCACCUGCCGAACUAGUCCUGCUCCUCUGCGGCACGGUGUUCCCAUCUCUUCUGACCUUCAGUUCCCUGUCGUUGUCACAACGCCUGCUGGAACAACUCAGUCCACUGUAAAAUUUACGUAUACGAACGUGACAGUAACUGGGGUGGAGCCCCCUCGUGGCCCCGUGUCUGGGGGCACGGUGCUUUCCAUCAGCGGCCGCUUCUUAAACGUAGGAUCCCACGUUUCCGCCGCCUUAGACGGCCUCCCUUGCAUAGUCAACAAGACGCAGUCGUCGUCUCACCGUCUGGUAUGCGUCACCUCAAGAGCCACCGACGUGGCAGGCGACGGAGUCAUCGAAGACAACGGCGAGGUCCCGAGCAAAGUUCGGACGUUGACCGUGUCUGUGGACGGUGCUCAUCGGACCCUGGCGUCACCUUUCACUUACACACCAGAUCCUCGAGUUCUUGAACUCAAGCCACUGAGGAGCCCGUGGGGCGGAGGUCGAUUAAUUACCGUCCAUGGCACGUACCUUGAUGCCAUUCAGGCCCCGAAAAUUACGGUCUUGCUUUACGAGCGCGUCCUGAAUUCAUCCGCCUGUCACGUGCUAAGCCCCGAUCAGAUGGAAUGCCCCUCCCCGCCUCUAGAUCGAGAUACACUCUUGGCAAUACUCGAGUCCCACGAUGAAUCGUCGCGUCGACGUCGCCGACGAAGUCGCAGCAGAAGAUCGCACAAAUCGCAGAGAUCACCAAGACGCCGAGAUCACGACGGCGACGAAGUUGUAGUAGACGUUGGGUUCGUGAUGGACGGAGUCACGUCUGUCCUGCAUCUUCGCAAACACUUCCCCAGCGUUAGGUCACGACUGACAUACGUCACGAACCCCCUGUACUACACCUUCCCCCACGGCGUCAAGCUGUACAAGGGAGACACGCUCGUCAUCGAAGGAGAGCACAUCAACGACGCCUCCGACGAGAGCGACGUCCGAGUCACCAUAGGGAAAGCCAUCUGCAACGUCACGUCGCUGGCGGCUACGCAGCUGGUGUGCACUCCGCCCGAAGGUCAGCCCGAUCCCACCGACGAAAGAGGUGUAGCCACCACGGAACGUCUCCCGUUGGUAGUAGUGCACGUGGGCAAGUAUUUGCGCUUCCCCUUGGGCGUGCUGCGCUACGAAAGGCAUCGUAGGUUCCCGCUGACCCCUGAGGGCAUUGCUGGAUUGGCGGGCGGUGCCCUCUUCUUGGUGUUGGCUUCCUUCGUCGUGUUGGCCGUGUACCGAAGGAAAUCGUCGCAGGCAGAGAGAGUGUACAAGCUCAUGCAGUUACAAAUGGACAGCCUUGAAAGCCACGUCCGAACGGAAUGCAAACAAGCCUUUGCCGAGUUGCAGACGGACAUGACCGACCUCACAGCGGACUUGGAGUCCUCUGGAAUACCUACUUUAGAUCAUCGAAGUUACGUUAUGAAGGUAUUCUUCCCCGGAGUGGCUGAUCAUCCCAUACUCAACGAUCCAAAGGGUCGAUCUCACGGUGCGAGGACCAACUAUGACGUGGCUAUGCUGCAGUUCGAACAGCUGAUAGGAAACAAGCAUUUCCUGCUCUCUUUCAUCGAUACCCUCGAAUCACAGAAGUCAUUCAACAUAAGAGACAAAGUAAAUGUGGCUUCCUUAGUAACCGUUCUCCUGAUGGGUCGGAUGGAGUACUUGACAGAAGUAUUAAGGUGCCUCAUGCUGCGAUUGGUGUCUUCAGCUGCUGCGACCAAACAUCCUCAGCUGAUGCUCAGAAGAACGGAAAGCGUCGUGGAGAAAAUGCUAACCAAUUGGAUGGCUCUUUGCAUGUAUGGUUACCUAAAGGGUGAUGCGGGGACGGCCCUGUUCUUGCUGUACAAGGCCAUCAAGCACCAGGUGGAGAAGGGCCCCGUCGAUGCAGUCACCCACGAUGCCCGAUACUCCCUCUCAGAGGAGCGACUCCUGCGGGAGCAGGUCGACUUCAAUCCUGUCACCAUCCACCUGCUUCAUGAUGAUCCUCACUAUGAAAAAAUUCCCUACCAGACCACCUACAGUACCUUAGCGAUGUACGCCGAGGAAUAUGAGGAGAAAGUACAGGUGAAAGUGCUUGAUUGCGACACCAUCAGUCAAGUCAAAGCCAAAAUCUUGGACGCUCUUUACCGCAACACACCUCAGUCACUCAGACCUUCCGUCCAUGAGGUUGACCUUGAAUGGCGUCACGGUCGUGCAGGUCGUGUGACGUUGAGUGACGAGGACCGUACGACCCUGGCAGGCGUUGGUGGUUGGCGUCGCAUUAACACCCUGGCGCAUUAUGGCGUCCGGGACUCCGCCGUUAUGGCUCUCAUUCCCAGGCAGAAUGAUUCCUUCUCAUCUAACUGUACAGGGUAUUAUUCCUACGCCAAUAGCGUGUCCCCCUUAAAUUCACCAGGUGGAGUGGGUGAAGGCGGCGGUGAUGGUUGCAGUAAUACGGUGGGUCGAGGCGGUGGGACCGGCAUCCAACUUUACCACUUAGUGAGAGUGCCAGAAGAGAAUGCUUCUGGUACCCUGGGUUCAUCUCGAGACGGCCGUGAUCGCACUUACGGCACUCACAAAGCCAUUCCCGAGAUCUUCUUGACCCGAUUAUUGUCCACCAAAGGUACCGUCCAGCAGUUUGUGGACGACUUCUUCCGUACAAUAUUAAGUGCUAAUGAUGGUUUAGCACCAGCGGUGAAGUGGCUUUUUGAUCUCUUGGAUGAUGCAGCACGUGCCCAUGGCAUCAAUGAUCCUGAAGUGAUUCAUGCUUGGAAGUCAAAUUGCCUCCCGUUAAGGUUCUGGGUGAAUUUCAUCAAGAAUCCCGAUUUCAUAUUUGACAUUGGUAAGACACCAACAGCUGACUCAUGUCUGUCUGUAAUAGCACAGACUUUCAUUGACUCAUGUUCAACAACUGAACAUCGUUUGGGAAAAGACUCACCCUCCAAUAAACUACUCUUCGCCAAAGAUAUUCCACGGUAUAGAGCACAGGUGAAGAAUUUCUACAGUGAUGUAGCAACUGCACAGCCUGUAAGUGAUCAAGAAUUAGGUCAGCAUAUGCAACAGCUUUCAGCAGCUCAUUUGGGACAUUUCGAUAAUUUGGCAGCACUAAAGGAACUGUACAUAUACGUCACCAAAUACCACGAACUGAUUUUGGAGUCGCUGGAUGCUGAUACUUAUUGCCGAAAGUUGAGUCUGGCGCACCGUUUACAGUCAAUCGGAUACAUCUUGGAGUCAUACAGCCAUGCAGGUCCCCUGGCGCCAAUGCCUCCCCUUCAACUCGCUGGUCAGCUGUCAGAAUUAUGAAGGGACGCUACACCCUCCCCGCCAUGUCAAGGAACUCUGACCAGUCCUCUCCUGUAGUUCCUCAUCCUGGAAAAAUAAAAGGCGAGGGAGUGGAAAGUUACGCUUGACAGAUAAUGUAUAUAAAACUUAUAAUGGAGAGUCAGCUUGAUUUUUUUUAAUUUUACAUGGCGAGUGUAAGUGCUCUUCCAUUGUGCAAUAAAGCAAGUGACAAAGUGAAUGAUAUCGCAUUUCAUGUGCGAUUAUGCAUGACAUACUAGUUGAAUGUUGAGUUUUUUUCGAAAUUGCAAAGAAAAACUUGCGUUAGAGAUACUGAAUUUUUAAAGUCUAAUGAACUUAUCACGGUGAUGUGUGUAUAUAGUACAGUAUAUACAUAUAUAUAAAAGUGAAAACGCAGUGUUAUUUGACACUUUAGACAAUUAAGACUUCUUUGCCUUUGUAUUGGCAAACUGAAUGUGAUACUUUGAAUUUUCAUAUUUAUGUGUUAGUCGCUGUGGUCUAGUAAUAGUGCCUAAGGAUACAAUGUUCCUUCUUCUUACUCUCUCACACAUACUCAUCAGUGCUUAACAAAUCACAUUUCCACGUGUUGCUUUAGUUAUUUACCCAAACUCUUACUGGCCAUGUGCAUCCUCCUAUAUGGAGAUUCAUUUUGAUAACCACCAAUGAUGGGGUUAUUGUAUUUAUCCAUUUGUACUACUCUUGUUAGUAUUUUUUUUUUCUUUCUCGGAUGACUUGCGGAUUAAUUUUUGAGCGAUGCCUCCAAAACUGCUUGGUGCUAUGCCAUUUUCAAGUUAAUAAAGUAACUUAGAAGAAAGGACAUGAAAUUUAAGUUUCAAAAUGACCUUACGGUGUGAAAAAUUCUAUUCAAGGGAGAAUGGGAGUGUGUACUUCGUCCAGGCGUCUGCAUUAAUUUAUUUCGACAUUGCAUGGCUAAAUUUUCAUGAGCACAUACUGCACAACCAACACAGUGUUAGAGAUUAUAAAAUUAUUACUAGUAGUGUUAAAUUGCCAGGAAUCCGUUUCCUUCGUGACUUGAAUGCAAUCUCAUUUCUCCUCGAGUAAGUUAAUCCAGAGCCUGAGAAUCACACUAAUCCUUUCCUAUAUUGCUCUCCAUUUCCAUCCACUGUCACCCUGUCCACUAGUCUCCUUUAUUUAUAUAAUAUAUAGGUUCUGUAUAUAUCAAAUUUGAUACUUGACAAUUUUAUGUCCUAACAACAACAACAACAGCCCCCUCCCCUUUUGUCUUGGAUAUAUAUUUAUAUAUAUUUUCUUUCAUUAGGAUUUUAUAAAUGCAAUUUUUGGAGGAUGUGAUAAACUUUAUAGGAUCAAAAUGCUUUUUAUAUGAAUGGCAAACGAUUCAAAAGGUAUGUGUAAUUUUGAAGAACAAACAUUGGAGCCAUAUUUUCCAGUUUACAACGGUUUUAUUUGAGAAUGAGUUUUAUUCACUUCGUUACUAUAAACUUGGUUUUUUAUUUACAAGUUUACUCAGUGGAGAUUUUUUUUUACUUGUAUCGACUUGACAAUUUAGUUGUCUGUGACACAUGUUUGUUUUUCUUUGAAUCUUGUUACGUAGUGGCUCUUACUUUUUACCCUUCCCCUUAAGUGGUCUAGUAAAAGUGUAUGUGCUAUGCAAAGUCACCUGCUUUAGUAAGAUGAUAUUAUUAAAAGGUUAAAAACUAAGAUGAAUUUUGGGGACAUUGUAAAUUUGUACAGAGAACUUUUGUUAAUGUAAAGUAUUUUUGUAAAUGUGUGUAUGAGGGCAUUGUGUAAAAUCUUGCAACUUUACUACCAAUAAAGUGAGUGCCAAGAAAAUCAAA